AUGCUUUCUUUAUGUCUUAAAAGAUUUUUUGGAGUAGCUCCUGCAGUUCAAAGCAUUAUUUCCGCAAACACACUUGCAGACAAUCCAGGAGCUCGAAAGCAAUUUAUAAGAGUCGGUAGAGGUGAAGGCUCCAAGCACGGUGGAACUUGUGGAAGAGGAAAUAAAGGAGACAAACAUAGAGCAGGAGGUGGCGUCAAAAGACAAUUCGAAGGAGGACAGAAAGGCUUAACAAGAAGACUGCCUAAAUGGGGUUUCAAUCGUUCAUUUUUCAAAGACACCCUUAAGCCUCUAAGUUUUUCCCACUUGUAUUACUUCAUCAGCAAGGGAAGAAUCGAUACAACCAAAACAAUUACGAUGAAAGACUUAUUUGAGGCUGGAGUUUUCUCAAGAAUCAAGGAUGGAGUAAAAUUGACUGCAAGAGGAUUCAACCUAAUUGACAGACCUCUUCACUUCGACUUGACUGACGCUACACCUGCAGCUAUUAAAGCAGUAAAUGAAAAAGGGGGAAGCGUCAUGAUCACUUAUCGUACCAAAAAGCAGUUAGAGUAUCAUGUGAAGCCUUACAAAUUUGACUUGCCUAUGAGAGAAUCAGCUAUGCCACCUCCUUAUGAAGUAUUGAAACUUGAGAAGAAGAGGGAAAUCGGCGCAAUGGUAAAAUAUGUCAAGCCAACAUGGAUUGAUUCGUGGAAACCUGCAGAGCUUCCGAAAAUCCCUCCUUAUGUUAGAAAGCCUAAGCCACUAGUUGUCAGGACUUAUGAUUAUGGAGGAAAACCAUAA